ACCACUUCCUUUUCUACCCAUGUGUUCUUCCCCAUCUUCACAGUAGACAGAAGGCUGAUGUCUCUGUGUCAGGCAGGCAUGAAGGCAGUUGCUGUAACUUUCUGUGUCCUCUGCUUUCAGUUUGAAGCCCUAUAUGGAGUUGACAGCUGCUCAUCAUGUGCAUGCAACAAUAUAGAUCAGGCUCACAUCUCUGAUGACCAGGUGAUGGUGGAAUUUGAAAAUGGAAACUUCCAUUUCACGUUCCCCAAUCCCAAAAAUGUGAGUGAAUUCAGCAUGACCCUCUUCAAAGGGCAUGAAAAGAAGGAAAUCUGUGCACUCCAUUUGAGCAAAGAGAGAGUUAUCUUCCAGAGUAAUGUCACCUACUGUCAGACACAGAAUUCAAGCAGCAGCACCACUUUCAUUCUUAAAGAUCUGGAGAGAAAACAUAUUGAUGUUUAUACAUACUGCCUGGAGAUAUUCUUACCCCCUCCUUACAUAGAGUGCUGUCUGAAAGAAACCUAUUUGUACAUCCAAGAUAAGGAGGAUUGCUUUUCAUUUGGACUCGUGCCAUGGGUUAUUAUUGGUGUGAUCAUUUUUGCUGUUUCCUGUGUCUGCUGUGUUGUGGCCUGUUGCUUAAGGAACAAGAAUCAGAAUUGUGAAUCCAACUCCCUUGAGUACAACAGCGAAUACAUGCCCAUGGCAGCAGUGAACGCAGCUAAAAAGCCAAGAAUCUGAGGUUGUGUUAAGCCCAGCUGUACCUCUGCCUGUGUCUGCUGCAAGGCUUGCUCUGGGAAGGGAAGAACUGCUUGCUGUGUCUGCCUCUGAUUCUGGGUGGGUGGCUGGAUGCCUGGGUCGGACUGUUAAAAUAGCUUGUUAAUGGAGAUCAUGCUGCCCCCUUGCAGGAAGACAAAACUAAAAGCAAAAUCUCUGGAAACCUUUUGAAUCUUAGCGCUGGGCUGGUUCCUAGAAAUGCCACUGCUUCAUGUCUGUGCAAAGCAAUGAUCUUAUGCAUGAGGAAGAGAUGCAAGACUGUUCUGUUCAGAUUCUUGAGAUGAUGCAUGGUACCAAAAAUCUCUGUGGGGAAGUGAUUUACUAGAUUUAUGAAUGUUACUGGCUAAGGGCAAAUAUUCUGCAGAGAAUGAGGAGCUUCCAUAACUACUUAAACCCUACAGAAGCUACUAGACAAGCACUUCUGGAUACAGAAGAAAAGCAGAAUUUGGACUUAUUCAGACAUGAAUGCUGCACAUAACUGAUUCUCCAUUUCUAUUCUAGGAUUAAGUUGUUUGCGGCAUGGAAAUUUUGGAAGCAGUUUUCCAGCUACUUGAACUUGGACGAUGGGAAACUAGCAAUUCCCCAUCUUUCCCAGCCUCCCUGAGCUCUCAUGAUGGCCCUGUGCUCAGUCAUGUGACACCCACUGUAGAACUCUUCUGAGCUGUGUUUUGCUCUAGCCUUGUUUGUGAACUGGAACCCUGCCUGAUCCACUGACUCACGGACACGAAAUGAUAGAAAGUUAAAGAUGUCAGCUUUUAGUUGAAGAAAAUGUAAGAUUCCUGUAGUGCUGCUACAGAAAGAACUUUUAUUUUCUAGUCUCCUUUAUGGUAAACUUUCCACUGGAGAAAAAAAAAAAAAGACUACCUCCAAAGCCAACCCUUGUGGUACAGCCAUACUGCCAUGUAUUGCACAUGCCCUUUUUUUAGGGUUAGUUUAGCAGGGGAACAAAACCUGAGACAGAACAGCAGAGACUUCUCUGUGACAGUUAUGUGCAUCUGCAUUUUUUCUAUUUGUGCUGUCAAUACAUCUUUGCCAUUCACACCUUGAGGCUCCUCUUAUUUAACAAAAUCCUGAAUGCUUUUACUAACAGAGGAAUAUAUUACAAAAUGGAUAUAUUGUAAGGCUGCAAUUUCUCCUUAGGUCAGUUCAAACCUACAAGAUCUGUCUCUAAUCUUGGAGGUACAAUCUCCCCUUUUCAUGUCUUGCAGCACAAACACAGCACGGUCCCUAUGGUCAGUAUAUUCAUGGACUCUGCAUUGCAAUUAUCUUCCUCUUAUCAUUUGACAUGAAACCUUUACAACUUCCCCAGAGGGUUCAGGGGUUACUUGGCCUGCCUCAAAUUGCUCAGAGCCUUCAAUAUGAAUGAAAUUAUCAAUCCUUCAUGCUCUAUGUGAAAUUCAUCAAACCUCAGAUCAUAAAUGACCAGCUGUGAAUCCAGCCUGCAUAUCUUGCCAGACACCUUUGGGCUGCUGGAACCAGAGUGGUACAUUGAUUCUAAACCUCUCUGUAAUACAUUAGAAAAGCCCAAAUACUGGUCAGAGGAUACUAUUGAGAGAGAUAAACAGCCUGCUUCUCUGGCACACAGAAGCUGGUUUCAAAUUUGAUAGGGCAAAUGGGGACAAGGAGGAAAUAAGUUGGUACAUCAAGAACAGGGUUUUCCUCAACAAACACCUGGAUAGACAGAAGUAUUGCAGAGAGAAGGUGCAAACUGCAAACUGUGACACUGAAAAUGAGUAAAGCAUCAAAUCAGGCAGGGACUGCCAGUUACACAGCCCUGCUCAGCUAACCAGCUCCUGGGCAGACAUGGAGAGGGGAACCCUGGUGUAUUGGGUCAUAUUACAUUUUCUCCCACCACUCUUUGACAAAUUACUUGACCUCUCCAGCAAACUAAGCUUGCCUCUGUACAUCCAUAAAUACAUUGAUUUCAUGAUUUAAAAAAAAAUAUUGAUGACAUUACUGCGUUUGAAAAUUAUUGGUGAAAAUAACUAACAUCUACUACCUGUGACAAGAACUGGAUGCAAGAUCCUAUGUAAGUGUGGAGGGUUAUCCUCUGGAACCUUUCACCAGACUGAGAAGAAAAUUCAAGAAAUAAAGUGUUUUUGAAAGAAGGAAAAAUUUGAGGUUUGCUUUGGGAUGCAGCUGGAUAAACAAUAAGUGAUGGAAGUCUGAAAAAGCAGUUCAAAAUACAUACAUCCUACACGGGAGAGAUAGAUAACUUACAUUCAUUGUAACAAAGCUUGUGGAAGUCUCAGGUUCCAUUAUUCCUUUCUUUUUGGAAAAAGAAAUUUUUAUUCUUAAUAAAACAUUUUUUUUUAUUAUGUCA